UCUGCCUCUACCGCCUCCUCAUCAACACAGGCCUUCCGACCCCCUUCAGCAGUCCAAGACCAGGAUGCGGCCCGGUUCUUCGCGCAGAAGAGCCCCGCCCCCCUCGCCGUCGAUACGACCUUCAACAUGGCGCCGUUAGCAGAGUCACUACCGCAACAUCACCUCGCACACACCCCUCAGAAGCAAAACCAUACUCCUCAGAUGCAGGGCCCCUCGUCCGCGGCUUGGGCGUCCGAGUUCAUGCUCGAUCAGCCCAUGGUGUCCUCCCCCGUCCAGGUCGCAUCGCCGCAAGCACCAAUGUCUGCUCAGCAUCAGACUCCUUUACACACUGCCUCGGGCGUGCCUCCUACGCAGCGCGCCGCGACGUGGGGCCCUGCUCCGUAUCAGGCUUUUGGCGUGAAUGGGCCCCUCAUGCAAGCUCAGGCUCCAGCGCCUAUGCAGCCAGCGCAUUCUGUCGACCACUCUUCGAAGUGGGAGACUGCAUUUGCGGCACAAGAAACGCUCAUGACACCUGCCCAACAAGCCUCCCAACAGGCGACGACAAACCAGGCGCAAAGAAUUGUAGGCGACGAUGACCUCUCGCGGAUGGCAGGCAUGGUUCUGGACUCUGUGCAACACGAAGGGAACGAGAAGUUCAAGAAGAGCCAGUUCAUGUCGCUGAUGCGCCAGCUCCGCGACCACGAAGUCGUCGUCGAGGGGGACGACAUGAUUCCCGCCGAGCAAGCGACUCAGCAACCAGCCGUCGAUGUAAAGGGCAAGGGUCGUGCCGUGCCAGUCGGCGGUCUUCCAGCCGCUGGAUCACAUUUCCAUACCCACAGCCCGCAAAUCCAGGCAACUGGCUUCCGCCAACUUGCACAAGAAAACUUACGGCAGAUACACGAUGCCACUGUUGCUGAAGCGGAGGGGGUGGACGCACAGAUAGACGACAACGACGCUUACUUUGCGCGUGAGAACGCGGACUACAUCAAGUAUUGGAAGGACCAGGGAGAGGCGGCGGAGGCGGCGCGAAAUCAGCGCGCGCAGGAAACGAACUCGCAAUGGGCUGCGCUCCAGGAUAGUUGGGACCAAUUUGAGGCGACUGCGACUGGUAUCAAGCCCGUCCCGCAGUACCAGUUCCAGCCCAAUAACCCGUAUUUGCUGGGCGAAUCGUCUCGGCAUCAUAGGAUGCAUGCUCAAACUGCCUACGAGAGUAUCCUCGAGCUUGAAGCUGCCGUCCAGCGCGACCCCACGAACGCAGCGGCGUGGUACGAACUUGGCGUAAAGCAGCAGGAGAGCGAACGCGAGCAAAAGGCUCUGCACGCCCUCCAACGCUCCGUCGCGCUCGACCCCACCUACAUGCCCGCCUGGCUUGCUCUCGCCGUCUCCUUCACGAACGAUAACCACCGAGCCGGCACCUACAACGCCAUCCGCGAGUGGCUCAAUCGGAACGAGAAGCUCGCGCCGCUGGUUGCUCAAUAUCGCGUCAGCCACCCAGAGGUGUCGGAGGAGAUGUCGACGGCGAGGCAGUACACCGACCUCGUCGAGUGCUUGAUGCAUGUCAUACGGAGUGACGCGUCUGGCGAGAUCGACGCGGAUGUGCAGAUUGCGCUGGCGGUCAUGCUGAACACGAACGAGGAGUAUGUGAAGGCGUGCGACUGCUUCCGCACGGCGCUCGCUGUGCGUCCCGAGGAUUGGCUGCUGUACAAUCGCGUCGGUGCCACGCUGGCGAACAGCAAUCGCCCUCAAGAGGCCUUGAAUUACUACUAUAGGGCCUUGGAGUUGAACCCGCUGUACAUUCGCGCGAGGUACAACCUUGGUAUCUCCUGCAUCAACCUCUUUAGGUACAAAGAGGCAGCCGGCCACAUUCUCGACGCGCUCUUGCUUCAGGAUAGUGAGGGCGUCACCGACCCCGCUGGUUCUGGGGAGGGACGCGGUGUAACGUCCGGCGCGCUUUGGGGGAGCUUGAAAACCGCUUGCUUGCAUAUGCAACGGCUGGAUCUGGCUACCCUCUGCGACCGGCAGGAUCUCGAAGGCUUCCGCUCGCACUUCGACGCGUAGAUGACCCUCUGGAAACUCUUUGACUCCCUUAUAUAUAGAACAUAUAUUGCAUUGACAUUGCCCACUGCUCGCGUUUAGCGCCAGCGUAUAUGGCGUAGAAUAUGAUCGUCAAGGAUGGCUGGCAUUUGGGCAAGUGGCACUUGUAAUUCAAACCUACAAGCCGAGCCGCCUAGCGCGCUCCUUCUGCUUGUCUGCUGCGGUGGGA